AUGCGUGGAGACGUCAGUGGAGAGAAGGUUGUGGUAAUGAUGAAACAGCUAGUGACGAUGUGGCGUGUACGUGACAGAAGCAAAGAAGAAGGUGCAUCUCUCCAUGUCAAAUACAGAGGAUGUGGGAGAUGUGAGUCCUGGAAUGUGAACAAGAAAAAGAGGAAGAAAGUUAGGGGUUUGUGCUUUCACAGUGGUGUAUAUGACUCUGAUGAGAUGCAAAACUUCACAACUAUGAUAGUAGACAUGGUAAAGAAAGAAAAUUUAUUUGCAUCACAAGGUGGCCCAAUUAUUCUUGCUCAGAUAGAAAAUGAGUAUGGAAAUGUAAUGGGACCCUAUGGAGAAUCGGGUAAAGCAUACAUUAAGUGGUGUGCAAACAUGGCUCAGUCUCUUGAUGUUGGUGUUCCAUGGAUAAUGUGUCAACAAAAUGAUGCUCCUCAGCCUAUGUUGAAUACAUGUAAUGGAUUUUAUUGUGACAAUUUUGUACCAAACAAUCCCAACACUCCUAAGAUGUGGACUGAGAAUUGGACCGGAUGGUUUAAGCAAUGGGGUGGCAAAAAUCCCCAUAGAACAACCGAAGAUGUUGCAUUUUCUGUUGCAAGAUUCUUCCAAAGAGGAGGAACUUUUAAUAAUUAUUAUAUGUACCAUGGAGGCACCAACUUUGACAGAACUGCAGGUGGUCCAUACAUCACAACUUCAUAUGAUUAUGAUGCUCCCCUUGACGAAUAUGGUAACUUGAAUCAACCAAAAUACGGGCAUUUGAAACAACUUCAUGAUGUUCUUCACUCUAUGGAGAGAACUCUCACAUACGGAAACAUCUCCACCAUUGACUUUGGAAACUCUGCAUCGGCAACAAUAUAUAAAACUGAAGAAGGAUCAAGCUGCUUUUUUGGAAAUGGAAAUGAAAAAUCAGAUGCAACAAUUAGUUUCCAAGGAGAAUCUUACGUUGUCCCGGCUUGGUCUGUUACCAUUUUACCGGAUUGCAAAAAUGAGGCUUAUAACACCGCAAAGAUUACCACUCAAACUUCAAUGAUGGUUAAGAAGCCAAAUGAAGCUGGGGAUACCCCUUCAACUCUUAAAUGGUCAUGGAGACCAGAGAACAUGGACAACUUCCUUUUGAAAGGAAAAGGAGAAUCUACACAGACACAACUAUUUGAUCAGAAAGUAGUAACCAAUGACCAAAGUGAUUAUCUAUGGUACAUGACUACCGUUAAGUUUAAAAAACGAGAUCCAUUUUUGGGUAAAAACAUGUCUCUUCGCGUCAACAGUACUGCUCAUGUCCUUCACGCUUUUGUCAAUGGAAAACAUAUUGGUAGUCAACACGCUGAGAAUGAUAAAUUUAACUAUGUAUUUGAGAAAGAUGUGAAGUUUAAGUCUGGCCGUAAUGUCAUUGCUCUUCUUAGCAUAACUGUGGGACUUGCGAACUAUGGUGCUUUCUUUGAAAGUAAGCCGGCUGGAAUCACUGGACCCAUUUUUAUUACUGGAAGAAAUGGUGAUGAAACUAUAGUUAAAGACUUGUCUGCUCAUAAAUGGAGCUAUAAAACCGGUUUAAUUGGGUUUGAGAGCCAACUCUUUAGAACAGAAUCAAUGUCUAAAUGGUCAGUUGAAAGUGUACCGUUUAACCGAACCAUGACAUGGUAUAAGACUACAUUCAAGUCUCCCUUGGGAAAUGAUCCGGUUGUUGUCGAUCUUAUGGGACUUGGAAAAGGUACAGCUUGGGUCAAUGGAAACAACAUUGGACGUUAUUGGCCGGCAUUCAUUUCAAGCGAAAAUGGUUGUGAUGCAAAUUGUAAUUAUAGAGGUGCUUAUCAUGCUGAAAAAUGUCUGACCAAUUGUGGUGAACCCACACAAAGAUGGUACCAUGUUCCUCGUUCUUUCUUGAAUGCAGAAGGAGAUAACACACUAGUUUUGUUUGAGGAGAUGGGAGGAAACCCAUCGCUUGUCAGUUUUCAAACUACUAGAGUGGGAAGUGUAUGUGCUAACGUCUACGAGAAAAAUAUUAUUGAGCUUUCAUGCGAUAGAAAACUCAUUUCUGCCAUCAAAUUUGCAUCCUUUGGUAACCCAGAUGGCAAUUGCGGAUCUUUUGUAAAAGGAACUUGUGAAUCAAGUAAUAACACGGUUGAUAUUCUCACACAAGAAUGUGUUGGAAAAGAGAAGUGUUCCAUUGAUGUCUCAACAGAAAAGUUUGGAGCACCAGAUUGCACUGGUGCUGCUAGAAGGCUCGCCGUCGAAGCUAUCUGCUAA